UCACUAUAACACAAGGACUUAUUCUCUGAGCGGAGCCUGGAGAUACUUACAGAUCUUCAUCUUCAUCGUCGGAGGAGCUUCUCUUCUUCUCUGAGGUGUGAAGCCUGCUGUCACCAUGUCUGACACUGAGGAAGUGGAUCAGCUUGAGGAUGAGGAAGCCCAGGAGGAGGUAGUAGAAGUAGAAGUAGCCCCUGAGGCGGAGGCCCAGGUAGAAGCAGAGCCAGAGGUAGAGCCUGAACCAGAACCAGAGCCAGAGCCAGAGCCAGAGCCAGAGGAGGUGGUGCAGCAGGUUGAGGAAGAGGCCUAUGAAGAGGAAGUGGACGAGGGAGAUCAAGAUGAAGAGAAGCCAAAGUUCAAACCCAGUGCUCCCAAGAUCCCCGAUGGCGAGAAAGUGGACUUUGACGACAUCCAGAAGAAACGUCAAAACAAAGACCUUUAUGAGCUGCAGUCGCUGAUCGACGCUCACUUUGAGUGCAGGAAGAAGGAGGAGGAGGAGCUCAUCGCUCUCAAAGAAAGAAUUGAGAAGCGUCGCGCUGAGCGAGCCGAGCAGCAGAGGAUUCGCGCUGAAAAGGAUAAAGAGCGGCAGGCCAGGCGGGAGGCUGAGAGGCAGAAGAGGGAGGACGCUGACGCCCACAGGAAGGCUGAGGAUGAGGCCAAGAAGAAGAUAGCACUGAGCAACAUGGGAUCAGGAUACAGUGGCAUCCUGCAGAGGGCUGAACGGAAGAGAGGCAAGAGGCAGACAGAGAGAGAAAAGAAGAAGAUGAUCAUGGCGGACAGAUGCAAGCCCCUGAACAUCGACAAUCUGAGCGAGGACAAGCUGAGGGAAAAGGCGAAGGAGCUCCUGGAGUGGCUGAACAGCCUGGAGGCAAUCAAAUACGACCACAACGAGAAGCUCAAGAGACAGAGAUAUGAGGUGAUCUCUCUCAGAAACCGCAUCGAUGAGCUGCAGAAACAUAGCAAGAAGGGAGCCGCCUCGCGCCGCAGGAAGUGAGCGGCUCCUCAGCGAUGGUCAGCCCGGACAGGAGGCGCCUCCCAUCGGCUACAAGAGCGGCUCAGAGCCCGUAGACUCCCUCAACUCAAACAAAGGCAACUACUGGCAACAGUCUUACCGCCUGUGUCUGCUUGACUGACAUGGUUUAUCUGGAUGAAUUUAGCUCCAAUAAAGAAAUUUUAUCUCCGUGUGUUUGUGUAAAAAAGAGAUACAAAGAAUAAAAUGCCAGAAGUAUC